AUGCCUGUAUUUUUUGAAAAUCUCGACCUGAACGACCUUGACAUAUUCUCCAAGGACGGCAGGUUUCGGUCAUCAACUUUCGUCAGUUACUUAGCAUCUUUAGGCUCAACAUUUGUAUACCGACUUGUUUUUGCCGAUAAAGAUCAACGCAGACGCAUAAUCCAAGAGAACACGCCCGUGUGGCGAGAUUUUCUCCCAGAGGCGUUGGAUCACGCCCCCCGCACCGGCCCAAAGACCACCAUGCCCGACGGGAUGGACAAUAACCAUCUCUCUCACCCCAACUUGGGCUAUUUUCGGUUCAAGCCCUCGGAAGAAGAAGUCUACUUUAAAAUCCUUCACGACAGCAUCCUCAACUGCCCUCUCCGAGAAAGGGCAUUUGUUUUCUGGGACGCCGAUAGGAUUUUCUGCCCCGUGGUAAGUGACCAACUGCAACAAGCGAGAGUGAAUCUGCAAUUCAACCGAUAUAAGGGCAAAAGCGCCGAGGAACGGCUGAAGGGCGUCAAGAUACCCUGGGAACAGAUGGAGAGGAUAAUUGAAGAGUUUGGUUCUGUCUUUCAUUCAUGGUGA